AUGAAGAAAAACAAUUACUUCGAUGAUGCAAAUACAUCGAAGGACAAAGGCAAGAAAAAUAAAAACAAUAAAAGACAGAUUGAACCACUUGACUCGGAGGGAAUUAAGAGCGACUCCACAAAUAAAAGCAAGUCAAGCAAUAUGGGCAAGAAGACGUAGGUUGCGAAUCAUCCCCUAGAGAGCAGCGGCUUAUACGAUCUAAAGCCAAAUAUGUACGAUAAUCAGACCCCGGUCAUGUCUGAAGGUUUAUAAGAUCAUAUUGGCAGCUCUUCAAGCAACCUGAAGAUUGUUAGGAGGCGUAAAGCCAGUAUAUUUGAUGAUGAUGCUGAUAUCUAGCAUCCUAGAAAGAGAUAAACUGAAGAAGAGAUUUUAAAGACAAAUAAAUGCUGGCCAACAUUCCUCACUAUCCUUACUUACUUGAUAUCAGAAUAGAAAAAGAAGUAAAGGUCGUUCUAGAUUGGAGUCUUUACAAUUUUCCUUGUCGUUUCAUUCUUGACCUUACUUAAAAGUGCAGUUGAUGUUGCUCCAGUUGCAUUCGUAAAGAUCGGUUAAGAUCAGUCAGGAGCUAUUGAUUUCAGAUUAACACCCACUACAACUUCCGCUUUCGAGGACGGAAAUCGUAAUUUCUACGCUGAUUUCCCAUCUUGGUACAACAACACUGAUCCUAGUGUCCAGAAAUACACAAAUUAAAGAAAAGGCUUGACAGAUGAAGAAGAUGCUGUCGAUGUAGAUGGAUUUAAAAUUUUGAAAUUUGACGUUUUUGAAAAGAAACUUAAAAACUUGAGCGGAUUUGAGGGAUUUGCGCCUAGAUGGACUCUCAUUACUAAAUUGAGAAACAUUUCAAACCCACUUUUAAACAGUUCUUCUCUGCUACUUGUUAUAGUAAAUAUUCAUAAAUAUCUAAAUUAAUUUCUCUAGGAUUCAAAGAAAGAAGUAGAUAUCGGUUUGGGAAGAUAUUUCUCACAAACUAUUCUCGGAGAGAAUGACAUAAUGGUGACUAACUCUGCACUCAGAUACCUUGGUGUUAAUCCACAGAAUAAAGAACAGGUUGAGCUUUAUUUCUCUUAUCAGAUGUUCUGCCAAAUUUUGGGAGUCUGUGGUGCUGAGUCUGGAAUUUAUGAUAGUUUGAACUAGACUCUAGGAGGAGAACUAGACCCUAAGACAGUUGAUUCUGUUCUAAAAAAUGGAACUUUCUCCAAAUAGCAAGUCUACUCAUUACUAAGAGCUUCAGGUCUCAAUAUAGCAGCAGACAAUACAAUUGAAGUAAAUGUAACUGAUCAACUUGGAAAUUUCUUAAAUGUAUUUGGAACCACCAAUCUUUCCCUCAGCAAAUAAGAAAUAGAUGACUUGCUACCAGACCUUAAUCUAGCAGGCUUCACAGUGAAUGCCACUAACUUGAACGGAUAAAAUAUUGAUCUUUCAUCCCUCGGAAUAGCUGGAUUGAACUUCAACAUUAACUCUACUGAAUAUAUUGGAAAUUUAAAUCUAACUAAUGUUUCAGCCUAGGUUGGAAAUAUAACAAUAAAUCCAGCAAACUUCAUCAACGAAGAUAUUAAUAUCACAGUAGACACUUUUGUCAAGAAUUUCCUCAGCAACAGGAACAUUACUACAGUCAGAUUGAAUCUUGACCCAAUCGUUGAAGAACUAUUGGCCAAUGGAGUUAUUCCUACAAAGAUAACUGCCAAGUAUCAAGUCGUAGAAGGAUUCGACAGCCCAAAUGGAAAGUUUUCAGACACCCUUGGAAAUGUGGCUCUUAUUGAUUGCCACUCUGUAGGCCACAAAUUGAGAGAAUUAUAUGGUGGAUUCAUUGAAAGUUUCAGAGGCAUCAACCCAACCAUGUUCAAUCUACUUAUUUCUUCUUAUCCAGACUUUGAAAACUUUAUCCCAGCUAAUUUUGAUCUAUGUCCAUAUGCUCUAUAGAUUGAGGGUAUUCUAACUAAAGGAGUUAAGUAUUAUAUUCUUGAUGACAGAGAAAUGGAAAAUGAACUUGCCAAAAAAGGUACAGCUAUUGUUGACAGAGUCAGUCUUUAAACUAAUGCUACCAUGUCAACCCCUCUUAUGACCCAAGUUAAGCAAAUUGGUAUGGUUAGAAUCUUCUUAUCAAGUUCAAUGGGAACAGUCGUGUUCUUCCUUGGUAUUUUAUCAGUAGUGCUCAUCUAUUCUCUCAUGCUUUCAGAUGUUGAUGAGAAGACUUACUCUUACGGUAUGCUUAGAGCUCUUGGAUUUAGGAACAAAAGUUUGAUGGGACUCAUCUCUAUGCAAUCCUUCUCAUUCUCAAUUCCAGGCCUACUGAGUGGAAUCUUGGUUGCUUACUUUAUGAAUUUGAUUGUCAGAUACUUAAUCUUUGUCUACGCUGAAAAUACCACUGACUACAAUCUUUCACCAGGAGCCAUAGUGCUUGGAAGUUUACUAGGUAUUUUAUUGCCAAUUGUUGCAAAUAUUAUCCCCAUUCAGAAAGCUCUCUCAAAGAACCUCAGAGUGUCACUCGAUCUCUAUCACAGAUCAGUCAAUGAACUCACUGUCUCAAUUAAGAGACUUGAGGAGAUGGGGCUCUCAGUCAAUCAAUUGAUUGUCUCCAUAAUGCUUGUUUUCCUUGGUGUGCUCACUUACUAUGUUGCUCCUAUGGCAUUCAUCUACAAAAAUUACUCUCUUUUCUUCUUCAUCUUGAACUUUAUCUUGAUUCUUAUGAUCUUGGGAUUGGCUUUUGUAUCUAUCCUACUCUUGCCUUACAUUCAAAUUCUUUUUGUUAAGAUUUUCAUCUUAAUCAUGAGAAAGGACAAAAAUCUAUACUAAGUUAUCAGAAAGAACUUGCAAGGUCAUGAAGCUAGAAACACUAAGACUGCUAUGAUGUUCUGUAUCGCUCUAUCCUUCUUGAUCUUUGCUGGCUCUACCUUCGAGCUAAUUGGUCAUAUGAUCAUCUCACAACUUGAGAGCACAGUUGGAUCUGACCUAUAUGCUACCUCCAUUGCCAGCAAACUUAAUUUCAUUGAUGAAGGUCCUCUUAUUCAAUUCUUAGAAGAGCAAAAGUUAAAGGAUGGUUCUGUCCACUCCUACUCAUUUGCAACUGGAGAUAUCAAUGAACUUCUCAAAAUGGUAGCACCUAAUUCCAACUCUGUUUAGAAGAUAUACCUAGGAUCAGCUUGUGGUUAUAAUCAAGUAGCUACUAAGGUUUUCGGAUUACAAAAGAAUUUCUUGAAGGUUGUCAAUACAGAGUACUAUAUGCCUAGAGAAACUUAAUCAGGGCUUAAUCUCUAAAAAUUAGAUAGUGGAGACUAUGAUUCAGUUGAAGCCUUAUUCAGUAACUAAGGACUAGAUUUUGAUGAUGGAACCAGAGAUCCAUUCAACAUUACAGUUGGCUACAACUGGUAGACUCAGAGCAACUUCACUGAAUAAAUAAAGAUCUUAGCUCCUGAAGGAUUCAGAGAUGCUCUUUCACUCGAUACUUAGACACAAGCUAGAAUCUGCGCUAGGUAUUAAUACAACGGUACCGACUCCUGCGCUAAUGUAUACAGAGCCAAGAUCAGAGCUAUGAUCACUAAAAUCCCUGGUUUCUUGUUCAUGUCAUACAGACAAAUUGCCUUCUUCGGCUCUAUCCUAAUUUCAAAUGAGCAGUAUUUGGAUCUUCUUAAUGAUCUCCUUAACGCUAACUAAGACAUGAAAAAUUCCUAUCAAAACUUAAUCAGAGACUAUAACUUCACCGAUGGCAUUCCAAAGGAAUAUCUUUUCAUCAAGCUAAAGCCAAACAUCGAUGACUACAGAAGAGAGUAUAUUGCCAAUGGUGUCAGAUCCUAUUUCAGAGAUGAUACUACUAUUUUACUGGACAGAAAGAGCUUGCUUGACUCAAUCAACUCUUCCCUCUUACUUUUCCAGAUCUUCGUAAUUAUUGUGGGAACCAUUGCACUUACUCUCUCUUUCUUCUUACUGUUAAUUUCAACUACAUCAAAUAUUAAAGAGAACUUGUGGGAGUUUGGAGUCAUCAGAGCUAUUGGCCUAACCAAAGAAUAGACAAAGAGAGUUUUCAUGUAUGAGGCAUUUGCAGUUAUUUUUGGAGCUUUGACUCUGGGUAUUGUAGUCGGUCUGACAGUCGCAAUUACACUGACAGCUUAAUUCUACCUUUUUAUCGAACUACCCUUCAAACUAUCUUUCCCAACUUACUUGUUCAUUUCUAUGAUCAUAAUGUCACUCUUUACUACAUAUUUCGCAGUCUUGAUUCCAGUGAGAGAUGUUAACAACAGAAAAAUAGCUACUGUAUUGAAAGGAGGUGUAUGA